CACUUUUUUUUAGAAAACCUAUGCUUCUUGGUGAUGCCUGAACCCAGAUUCUGAUACUUCUUCAUCCCACUUAUCCUUUUAUCAAUUAUCUUCUAUUUAAAGGAAUAAUUUUAUGUCAAAACUCCGAGAGAGGGGAGAACUUAGCGCGAUCAAUCUAUUGAUAUGGGCACAUUAAUCUUUGUAAGUAUGUGGAAGAAAAAAAACGGCAACUUUUUUUCCAGUGUAGACUGUGAAGCACAUCAGCCCAUCGUUUUCUUCUCUCCAAAUGAUCAAGGUAUGCUUCCGUUUCUCUGAGCUCCACUGCGACAAGAAGGCAAAAUUCAGGAUUUGUAGUUUAAGAUUCUUAAAUCAUGAAACCUAGAAUUUGGGUUUAGUGAUUUCGCGCUCUAACCUUUUCAUUUUGUUUUCUCGGGGGAAAAUAAAACUGAAUUUUGAAUGAAACACCGAAGAUUUCAUAUUCUUAAAGUGUUGGCUUAAACUAUGAAUCUACCCUAUAAAUUGUGACUCUGAAUCAAUUAGGGUUUUCAGAUUUUUUUUGCCCCUUUUAGGGAUUUCAGUUCAAACUUUUAAAAAAAUGUGUAACAAGUCAGACUCCGAGAAGGCUUCAUAACUGGAUCGAAAGAAGUUGUUCAUUUUUUUUUAAUAAUAUUUUGGGGAUCUCUUUUUUUUUUUUUCUCCCCUUUUGAGUGGUGUUAUCUGGAAAUUAGCAACAUGACAAAGCAAUUUGCUGGCGAAUCUGUUCAUUUUCUUCGAUGCAGUAUCGCAAAUAAGAUCCAUGGAAGAAACUUUUGUGAUUAUUAUUAUUGUUUUUUAAUUGAAGGGGAUUAAGAUCAAUUUGUUAAGCAUGUCUCACCCAAACCGACAAAACCCUCUUGUAGAGAAGAAAGCUGGCCGAGGGAAGGGAGUAAAAAACACCAAGCAUGUAGAGACAUAUGUAGUUUCAUUACUGUUUCAUAUUCAUAUACCAACAAUAGUUUAUUAUUCUGUACCAAAAUCUAAGCACAAUCCUCCAAGAAUAUGCCUGGACUGCAUAGAAUGUUUUCGAUAUAACCGGAGUUUUUUUGUGCCUUCAACAUCCUUGUUUGUAUAAAUAUGCAAUCUAUGAACACCUAAGAAAACCAGAAUCCCUCAAGGUGUUGAUGGUCAGAAUUCUCAUGAUGGUUGGCUGGAAACUUGUGUUGAUUCUACCAGCCGUUGUUGUCAUUGGCAGUGCAAUAAUUGGGAUUGCUUCUGCAUUGCCCACUGAUGGCUUCUCUUAUCCACCUGAGCCACUGGAGGGGAAGAUGCCUUCUCUGCUUUCCCCCAUUUCAUGGACUUUCCCAUCAACGCCAGAGCCGAGUCAAUCUCCUGUGCCUCCCAUGAGUCCGAUCAUGCCAGAGCCGGUUCCAUCUCCUAUGGCUUCCUUCAGUCCCCCUAUACCGUCAAUGUCAGAGCUGGUAACAUCUCCUACAGCUUCCCCCAUGCCAUGGUCUACACCAUCAACUCCAGGCCCAGUUUCAUCUCCCCCAACCCCAGGUCAUAUACCAUCAACUCCAGGAGUAUCCCCAUUUGAGCCUCCAUUUUCAGCGCAUGUACCAUUGCCAUCUCCCCCGACCCAAGGUCAUAUACCAUUAACCCCAGGAAUAUUGCCAUUUGGGCCUCCAGUUUCAGCAUAUGUACCAUUGCCAUCUCCCCUGACCCCAGGUUAUAUGCCAUCAACCCCAGGAAUAUCCCCAUUUGAGCCUCCAGUUUCAGCAUAUGUACCAUUGCCAUCUCCCGCAACCCCAAGACUAUCCCCAUCUGAGCCUCCAGUUCUAGCAUAUGUACCAUUGCCAUCUCCCCCAACCCCAGGUCAUAUACCAUCAACCCCAGGAAUAUCCCCAUUUGAGCCUCCAGUUUCAGCAUAUGUACCAUUGCCAUCUCCCCCAACCUCAGGUCAUAUACCAUCAACCCCAGGAAUAUCCCCAUUUGAGCCUCCAGGUUCAGCAUAUGUGCCAUUGCCAUCCCCAGGACUAUCCCCAUCUGAGCCUCCAGUUUCAGCAUAUGUACCAAUGUCAGCUCUGUUUCCUAUACCACCAGUGCCAGUACCUAUCGCAUCUCCACCUCUAGUUCCUUCCUCACCGUCUCCUUAUGCACCAAUGCCAGCUCCAGUUCCUACACCAUCCGUGCCAACACCUUCCACAUCUCCACCUCCAUUUCCUCCCUCACCAUCUCCUUAUGCACCCAUGCCAGUUCCCACACCUUCCUCUAGUGGAAUCAAAGGUGCUUAUUGGCCUUCAUGGUUGGCCGAAAGUUUACCUCCUGUGGGAAUUCCCACCUCAUACUUCACUCACCUCUUUUAUGCAUUUGUCCAGCUUGAUGCCUCUGCUUACCAACUAUCCAUCACUCAACCUGAUGAACAAUGGAUGGGUAAUUUCACCGCCACCCUUCAUGCCAAAAAUCCACUAGCGAAGGCCUUCCUCUCUAUAGGAGGAGGAGCAUCAAGCCCUUACACCUUCUCCAAGAUGGCAAGUGACCCUGAUAAUCGCGCUGCCUUCAUCAAUUCCACCAUUGAUGUAGCUCGGAAAUAUGGUUUUGAUGGCCUUGAUCUUGAUUGGGAGUUUCCUACUAAUCCUCAAGACAUGUCAAACCUGGCUAUCCUUUAUUCAGAGUGGCAUGCUGCUGUUAAGAAGGAGGCUCAUUACUCUGGCCAAUACAAACUCCUGUUAUCUUCUGCAGUCUACUUUGCUUCUGACUUUUUCUUAUCUGAUGUGCCUCGAUCCUACCCAGCUGAUGCCAUAAAAAAAUAUGUUGAUUUUGUAAGCCCUAUGUGUUUUGAUUAUCAUGGCAGCUGGGACACUUCAGUUACCGGUGCACAUGCACUUCUUUAUGACAAAGCCAGCAAUAUUAGUACCAGCUAUGGCAUUUCAUCCUGGAUUGAAGCUGGGGUGCCCCCAGAGAAACUAGUCAUGGGCCUCCCACUAUACGGGAGAACUUGGGAGCUAAAGGACCAAAAUAAGCAUGGUAUUGGAGAUCCUGCAGUUGGGACUGGGCCUGGCGAUGGUAUCAUGGCUUACACGAACAUUGUGGACUUCAAUUCAGAAAAAGGUGCAACUGUGGUAUAUGAUGAGGAGACGGUGUCGACGUACUCGUAUGCUAGAACCAAUUGGAUUGGGUAUGACGGGCCAAUUUCAACUGAGAAUAAGGUUAAGUUUGCCUCGGAGCAAGGUCUUGGUGGGUAUUUCCUCUGGGCCCUUGGAGACGACAAGAACUGGACCCUCUCAAAAGCAGCUUCAAAGGCAUGGGAUGGCACCGAUUGAUUUGCUAAAAUUGACGAGAUUGGUGUGUUUGUGAAUAAUGUAAUGUAAUGUUGUCUGUAACUUGAUUCGUUUAUGCCUCAUGAAACCAGUUGAGAUGCCUCACAGUGAUUAAUUCUUAGUGGUUUUUUUCUCUGUUCUUUAAUGAAGUUGUGCUUGAAAUGUAACAAAUAACAUGAUAGAGGGUGUAAUACAGGUCAUUACCAUGAAAA